AGAUAAACUGGACCACUAAUACCAUCAAAAACCUCAACAAAACACCGACCCAAAGAAAAGGUUGAGACUUCAAGAACAGCGCAGACCCACGAACCAAGACAAAAACUCCUCCUUCUCUCCUCUCACACAAAAUCAAAAUACACACACUCAUGUGUGUGGGCGUGUGAAACAAACCCGAAAGAAAGAAAAGGAGAGGGGGUAGUAGUAGUAGUGGGCGGCAGGGAGCUAAUGGACCCGGUAGUAUUGGACAGGAUAAUUGAGAAACUGAUUGAAGUCCGAUCCUCAAAGCCAGGGAAACUAGUGCAGCUCACGGAAUCGGAGAUUAAGCAGCUUUGUGUUGCGUCUCGUGAAAUCUUUAUUAAUCAGCCUAAUCUUCUCGAACUCGAAGCACCCAUCAAGAUUUGUGGUGACAUUCACGGCCAAUAUAGUGAUCUUUUAAGGCUUUUUGAGUAUGGAGGUUUCCCUCCGAAAUCAAAUUACCUAUUUUUGGGGGACUAUGUAGAUCGUGGAAAACAGAGUUUGGAGACAAUAUGCUUGUUACUUGCAUACAAGAUCAAAUAUCCGGAGAACUUUUUCCUCCUUAGAGGAAAUCAUGAAUGUGCUUCUAUAAACAGGAUUUACGGAUUUUAUGAUGAAUGUAAGCGCCGGUUCAAUGUCAAAUUGUGGAAAGCCUUCACUGAUUGCUUUAAUUGCCUUCCUGUUGCUGCACUGGUUGAUGAUAAGAUAUUAUGCAUGCAUGGGGGCCUUUCUCCCGAACUGAACAAUUUGGAUCAGAUUAGAAGUUUGCCCCGCCCAACUGCUAUCCCUGAUACUGGCUUGCUUUGUGAUUUAUUAUGGUCAGAUCCUGGUAAAGAUGUUAAAGGAUGGGGGAUGAAUGAUAGAGGAGUUUCAUUUACUUUUGGCCCCGAUAAAGUGUCAGAAUUCUUGGCAAAACAUGAUUUGGACCUUGUCUGUCGUGCUCAUCAGGUUGUGGAGGAUGGUUAUGAAUUCUUUGCGGAAAGGCAGCUUGUAACGAUUUUUUCAGCCCCAAACUAUUGCGGUGAAUUUGACAAUGCUGGUGCAAUGAUGAGUGUUGAUGAAAACUUAAUGUGUUCUUUUCAAAUUCUGAAACCAGCAGAAAGGAAAAACAAGUUUAUGAUGUCCACUAAAAUGUGAUGUUCCGCUGCUUCCGAAUUUCAAAGGCAUCACCCUCUGAUCAGAAGAAAUUACAGCUUACACCUGUCCUUAAAUCCCCCUGAGCAUGGAUGAAGAACUCCAUCUUAACUUUUAUCUGACAGUUUUAGUGUGCUUAAGGAGUAGUUGUUUUUGAUGCCGAUUCAGGGGAAUAGAUAAUCUGUAAGUUGUACUCCCCCUUCGCCAAGGGUGUUUCCGUGUAGAUAAAUUAUUUUGAAAUCAUGUUAUUGAAUCACGGCUGGCACCCAAAACAGUCAACUUGUAUUGGAACACUCGUGCGUGUUAUUAGCUCAAAGAACGUUUCUAGGUAGAGAAUACUUACAUGUAGUAGUUGCCUUGUUUGUGGAAGAGUUUUCAUCUAUUGAGGUUAGUUGCUUUAA